GUGGCGCUGUCGCCGCGGGUGGCGCUGGUGGCGCUGGUGGCGCUGGUGGCGCUGGCGGUGGCGCUGGUGGCGCUGGGGACGCUCGGCGCGCGGCGCGUCUCAGCCCUGGAGGCCGCCCUGGAGGCCGAGAAGGCGAAGCAGCCGCCACCAGCGGCCGGCUGUCCCCUCCCCCCCGCCGACGAGGACCCCUACGAGCCCCUGGACCCCUCCCCCCCCGCGGGGCCGCCCCCCAAGGCGCGCCCCUCCCCCCCCUCGGGGCUGUCACCGCGGUUGUCGCCGCGGUUGUCGCCGGGGGUGGCGCUGUCGCCGCGGGUGGCGCUGGUGGCGCUGGUGGCGCUGGUGGCGCUGGCGGUGGCGCUGGUGGCGCUGGGGACGCUCGGCGCGCGGCGCGUCUCAGCCCUGGAGGCCGCCCUGGAGGCCGAGAAGGCGAAGCAGCCGCCACCAGCGGCCGCUUCCGGCACCUUCCUGCUCUACAACCAGCAGCACUCGGGCUGCGUGGUGGCCGCGGGCCCGUGGCUGUCGCUGGCCCACUGCGCGCCGUCGUCGCCCUCGCAGCUCUUCCAGUGGCUGCCCGGGGGGCUGCUGCGGCACGCGGCCAGCGGGGCGUGCGCGGCGGCGGCGGCCGAGGCCCCGGCGGCGCUGGUGGGGCUGCGGCCGUGCCGGGAGGCGUCGAGGCUGCAGCGCUGGGGCUGCGGCCGCGGGGCCCUGCUGGGCCUGGCCGGCACCGGGCUGCACUUCAACUUCGGCCACGAGCGGCACAACCGCGUCCUGCUGCACGCCGGCGCCGGCAACUGGAGCCGCUGGCUGGCGCACGGCUCCGGCCGCGACGUCUGCUCCAAGGCCUAUUUCCUGCCGUGCCGGCGGGGCUGGGUUUUCCUCGGCAAUUCCUGUUAUUUCUUCUCCUCCUUCGCCGCCUCCUGGGAGAAUUCCAGAACUUUCUGCUGGGCCCUGGGCACGCAGCUGCUCGAGGUCGACGACGCCGAGGAGAAGCGGCUGCUCCAGGCCCAGCUCCGGGGCCCGGCCUGGCUCGGGAUCCGCGGGCGCGAGGGCGCCUGGAGCCGCGGGGACGGCGCCGCGCUGGGCCCGCACAACAGCUGGUGGCGCCGGGACGAGCCCAACGGGGGCACGCAGGAGAACUGCGCGGCCGUGGGGCCCGACGGGCUCUGGGCCGAUUACGCCUGCGAGACCCCCCUGAGCUGGGUGUGCGAGGGACCCCCCUGACCCUAAAAUCCUGGGAAUCCGCCCCAAAACCCGGGAAUCCGCCCCAAAACCCCGGGAAUCUACCCCAAAACCCCAGGAAUUCACCCCAAAACCCCGGGAAUC